AUGUUGAGAACUUAUAACGCUCCUUUGGUACGGAUCUAUUGGAAAAUACUAUCAAGACCAGCAAGAACUGGAUUAGAUAUAUGUAAGCCGGUAGUCGAUGGUUACGUUCAACAGGGAUCUGUUAGAACAUUUAUUCCAUCAAGUAGAUUGAAUAAAAUGAGUGAUCCCCGAUUUGACGAAUUAACACCUUGCGACGUUUCUGAUGGUCUUUUAAACAAGUACAAGAUCGAUAAUGGUGGUUACUUACCCAAUUUAACCCAAUGGUCAGGUCAUUCGAAAGGUACUAUCCAUGGAAAAGCAUAUACGGUCCUAUUCGCUCCUGCUAAUGAUACAAGACCGUCGGUCAAUUACAUUGACUCGGUUCCACAAGGUGCAUUUCUUGUCAUUGCCUUGACAAGAGAUUUACAAUUACCUUAUGCACCAUAUGUUAAGCCUACGCAGGCCGUUUAUGGUGGAUUGAUGUCCACCAGGGCUCAGUAUUUGAAAGCGGCAGGUACGUUGGUGUUCGGUCGCAUUAGAGAUUUAAAAGAGCACAAGAGUUUGGAGCACCCUGUCUUUAGCUAUGGAGUGGGAUCGUGUGCUGCAAAGGCAGCGGUAAAGCCCAUUGGUAUUAAUGUACCAUUAGAAAUUUUAACCAGUAACGGAGAAGUGGAAAUUAUUAAACCAGGUGAUUAUAUGGUAGGUGACGCUAAUGGUAUCGUCAAGGUUCCAUCGGAGGUUGAAUUGGAUUCACUAGUUGGCUAUGUCAGAAAAUCUGUUGAAGCUGAUGAACUAGUAACGACAGAUAUCAAAAAUGGUAGACCUGCAAAGGAAGCACAAAAGGAUCGCAGGGCGACCUUAAAGAAUUAUUUGUGA